AUGAAAUCGAUACUGAAUGCAUAUAUAUUUUUCUGGGGGAGAAGAAAAGAUAGCAUAUACGUGAAGAAUGCUACAGGUAAACUCCAACCUUUUCUUGAAAACACCACGGCGCAUGCGUCAGUACUCUCCAUUACUUUGAUCAGUCUCGAGAGAUACUGCGCCAUCUGUCGGCCAUUUCACGCUCAGACAAUGUGCACCACUCCUCGGACCGUGAAGAUGAUCUUGGUCACGUGGGUCAUCGCCCUCGUGUCCUCGUCGCCAUUUUUGGCCAUUGCCAAAGUGAUCGAUGCCACGUACGUUGUCAAUCAAGAGGCAGUCAAGAUCUGUUCCACCGCCAUAGACACUAACUGGAAACAAGUAUAUAUUGUUCUGCUGUUCUUGCUGUAUUUCUGUAUACCAAUACUUGUUUUAAUGGUAAUAUAUAUACGGAUAGGAACAGUUCUGGUUGCCGAGGGGGUAACACUGACCAAGGCGAAUGGUAGAAGGACAAAACAGCGGAGACAGCUCGUGGGACUUCUUGUUGGAAUUAUAGUGAUGUUCUUUGUGUGUGUGCUUCCCGUUCGUAUUUUUACGCUUUGGCUUAUAUUUGGCACAUCCGAUUCGAAGCAGUGGUUAUCAAUCGACUCCCAGCUCAAUUUGCUGUCUUUCGUCCGGAUGGCUUUUUACCUGAACAGUGCAGUAAAUCCGGUACUUUACAAUAUGCUUUCGUCCAAUUUUCGGCACGCGUUUGCUACGACCGUGUUCGUUUGCAAGCGCCGCAGACGCCGCCGCAGGGUGUUGCUCCACGAGCAGAGAUAUGGCUAUUUUAGAUGGAGAGGUCGGUCGGAAAGGUUCGCCUACGCUACCGUUGCUACCCGUUCAGACAGACGUUUUUCGCAACUGAGAGGCAGGAGACCGGAAGCUAGUGCGGGCCUGAUAUUUUCAAACCCAGCGCCACCUAUUUUACCGACGCACAGGCGCCUACCUCGCAGCCCGCCUCUCUGCCUCGUUACAAGCGUUUAAUCAUCAAGCAUAUGGGAGCACAGUAUACAUUUUGGCAACAUAUAUUCGCAAGAAGGGAUUUAUUUUGGAUAGGUCUAGAUCAAAAAUCUCAGUUGAGCAACUGAGAUACAUUCUAAGUUAUAG